AUGUCUCGACCUCCCUCCGACACUUUCACCCGCUUCACCUCGAGCACACCACACGCCAUGCAACGGCCGGGGGCCUCCUCUUCCACGACAUUCACAUACCAACCCGCCUCCCGUCCAGCCACAGAACCGUCAUCCUCAUCCUCAUCCUCCUCAUCUCCACAGCUCCGCUCUGAAGGAUCGCCGAACGAAACACCACAAGAAAAAGUCGCUCGUCUCCGCGCCGCCGCCCGCCUUGCCAAAGAACAAGCCUCAUCCUCGCCUCUCGAGCGCGCAAUCGAGAGUGGCCGCCGCUGGGCGGAUCGGGCCCACCGCUUCACAGCCUACGGUCUGAUCCUGUUCGCCGGCGUGUCCGUCGUCGUCGCCGCCUACGGCACGACAAGCCUGAUCGCACACAACCGACGGCAGAAGCGGGCGUGGAUCGAACGUGAACUCGAUCGGCUCGACACAGCUCGACAAGCCUUUCUCCGCGGCGACGCUACCGCCGAGCAAUUACACCUUCUCGAACAGGAGCGGGCUGGCGAGGAGAUGGAGGCCGCGCGCAAGCGUGAGGUCGAACGGAAGAAAGGCGAGAGCUACUGGAGCAAGCUGAAAGGUGUCAUGAGCGCGAACGCGGCGAAAGGCCAGAUGGGUACGGAGACCGAGGCUGAAAAGCAAGAGCGAGAAGCGCGGAGAGCACGGAGGCAGAGAACACUCGAGGACGGCUCCGUCGAGGGAGAAAUCCAGCCGGUUGCCGUCGCGUCGAGUGGUGUCAAGGGCGUGGGGAUCGAUUCAAAGGGCCGACCGGUGCCGGAGAACAAGGUGGAAUAUGUCAAGACCAAGAUGGACGAUGAGAGAAGGACGGGCGAGAGGGAAGUGAUUGCUCGAACAGGCACCAGUGGAGGAUCUCUAGACCAGCUCGCGGACAACGUGGCUGGAGCUGUGACGCCUCCGAUGCAGAACCAAGGAUGGUUGAGUUGGUUAAGAGGCAGCAAGUCAUAG